CAACAAGUUCUCAGUGUUGUCUAAUCUUUCAAAUCAAAAAGCCCAUAGAGUCUCUUUUUUUUUUGUCAAAAGCCCAUAAAGUCUCUUUAACAACAGUUUAGCCGAUUUCGGAUUACGAAGUUUUUUAGAAUGGAGAAACGUUCAGAUACAGAGAGUUCAGAAGAGAUUUUGGGUGAUUGGGAUUUAACUCCUCCGGUGGAUCCGGAAGAAAGAGUCGUAAUGGUUUCUGUUCCACCAGAAUCUGAUUACGCGAGACCGAAUCAACCGAAAGAGAUCGAAACUAGGGUUUCAGACAAGGAAAGAAACGUCGCCGGAGAAUCAUCGGCAAGGAGAGUGUUGCCGCCGUGGAUGGAUCCAUCAUAUGAAUGGGGUGGUGGAAAAUGGAAAGAAGACGGAAGAAAGAAGAAGAAGAAAGAUAAAGAGAAAGAGAAAGAGAAAAAGAAAGAAGAGAUUAUUCCUUUCAAAGAAAUUAUUGAAGCUCUGCUUCGAAACUCCGGUGAUAAGGUUCAAGAAGACAAGGUUAAACAAAGUCAGAGCUCUGUUGAGAUGUUGAAAUCAUUAGGCUUUAAGUUUCCUUAAUUUGUAAACUUUUGGGGUUUUUUUAUUAAUUUAAUCGGCUUUAGUUUUUGUUGUUGCAGAAAGUAUGUAAGCUUUUUCCUCAAUCUUCUAAAAAUCUAAUUUGUGGAAUUUUUUUUUUACUUAUGACUGAUGUAAAAUAUGCCACUAGUUAAUGUAUCUUGUGGGUUUGAAGAACUUAUUGAAAUUCUGGAUAUCUGAUUAUGAAACUAA